UUUCCUUAUUGUCCAUUUACAAGAGCAAAUUUCGUCUUUGACAAUUGUUCCUUUCAAUAAAAAAGCGAACAUGUUGUCAUUUCCUUGACAAGGAAAAAAUGUCAAUUUUACCCCAUUUGCAGGAGCUGCAAUUUUUCUUUGCCAAGGAAAACUUGUCAAGGAAAAAUUGCUUGCGUAAACGCCGCUUAACAAGGGUUUCGAUCUUUCAUAUAUUCCUGACGUCGAUUUAAUAUGACUUGAAAUAACAACAAAAGGAAAAACAAUGGCUACUACAAGCAUUUAAAGGGGGUCUUCAAAAGUAAACACACUUUUUAUUACAAGCCGCAGCGAAAUAGAUUUCGAAAACUGCAGGGUUCCCGGUUACUAUGAUUGACGUCAUAAUCUCAUUUGUAAAGCAAACAUUGAAGUCUAAAUUUGAAAGUGAUGAUCGACAAAAUGGAGAUUUUCAAUUUUAAUGCUUGGCGUCAGUGUCAAUUCAUAAACGAAGUCUCAAACAGAGACCUCUUUUGAUCGGGGACACCGUGUACGGUUCCGUUUAUCUUGGAGUACUCGCCAKAAAAGCCAUGUUUUUUUCCUUAACUGMAACAUGUGCAUACUUCUAGCAAAAAUCCAAAAMAAUUUUUUCGAAGAUAAACAAAUGUAAAGUUAAGUCCYAUAAUGAUAAAACGCUCACGAAGGACAACAAACUUCCUCUCGCGUCUUCCUUUGGUGUUUUGACGUCGAUAUUAAGGCAGAAAAAUCCAGACUUUGAAAAGGCAUGUCUAUCAAACAUGAUAGACCAGAAAAUAAAAUCGAUAUCAAAGAUUUUGACAAAAUGGCACCAUAAUCGAUGUCCAUGCCCAAACACAGCAAAUGAAAUCAAUAAAAAAAACAAUAAAAAAAAAUAAAAAAAAUAACAACAACAACAACAAAGAGAAAACGAAGACAAUAACAUAGUUUUGUUAAUAUAAAAUUUCAAUCGAACCAUCUCUUCUAAAACUGAUGACAGAGGAGUUUGUAUGGACUCCCACAGAUGCAGUAAAUUGAACUUACCGCUUCUGCUUCAGCUGCUUCUUGUAAUUUCGUAGUAGGUCCAAAAAUGGAAUASUAUGAGGCUGUUGUGUGUUAAUGAAACGCCAUCAACAUAGCGUUUAUAUUGUUAUAUUGUCAAGUAAGCUGUAGUUUCAUCUAUAUAAAUUAAUUUUUGAAUGUUUUUUUUCUUAAUAAUCAUAAGAAUUUAAAAGUGUGAGAUAGAUAGAGUAAAUAGAUCAAACUGAAUGUUAAUGUGUGAGCUUAUUACUCUUCGCACACCUGCUCAGCCCAUACUCUUGAAGUUUAGUUGAUCUAAUAUUCUUUAAAUCACAAUUACAUUUGGUAUUUGAACAAUGGGAAUGAAUUUAAAAAUUAAGGAAUUUAAUUUCUCAAAAGCGGCGCGAAAAACAAUUCAACUUAUUUUGAAUAUAAAUCACUUCAAUUCUUGUUUCAUGUUCAUAAUCUCUUUCUGACGUAUUGUUUAUAUUAUCAUAAAAACGUUAUUGCUCAUAAUAGAGGGGAAUAAUAUAUAGCUCAAGAGUUAAUCAGCAUCUUAUUACAUAUACGUGGAAGCAAGCAUUCAGCACAUCGAAUUAGAAAGCUUUCCAAUGCAGAUCAUGAGGGAAUUUACUGAAGCUCGCACAAACAAAAAGUGAYGAAUAAGRUCGACUGCAGAUCUUCAAUCUAKAGCUUACACAAACAAACAAAUGCUAUAUGAUAAGGUGACCUUCAACAGCCAACUAAGCUYUYCCAUAUGUCUARUAAAAUGAAUAUAACAGAUAAGGCAAGAAAYARAGGUGAAAACGGUCAGAAGAAGAACAAAGAAGAAAGAAACGUCAGAUUGAAAGAUUUCAUCGACAACACAACUCUACAUGGAGCGAGAUAUGUCAAUGAAAGAAACCCUGUCCGAAAACUAUUUUGGAUUGCAUGCCUAAUAGCUGCGUUCGCCUACUGCGUUCGUCAAACCAUUGACUCCAUACAACAUUUCAGGUCAAGGCCUUAUGCGACAAUCAUCGAAAUYAAGCAAGAAAAACAGCAGAAAUUUCCAGCCGUGAGUUUUUGUAAUCUAAACAGGCUGAAUACUAGAAAGUACCGUGAUCAUGUCAAAAGUAAAUUUCCKGGUACAUCGGACAGUGAAAUAYAAGCUGAUAUCAAAUGCAUGGCGAGGAGGCUACGAAGAAUGACUGAAAAYGCGUUUGGCGUUAACUAUUCCAGGCUCUUCCCCUUGGAAAAAAACUUGACAAACUCGACCAGAAUGAAUUCAUUCUACACAACCGAUACAGCAAAGAGAGGCCAUCUUAUCCAAGAGAUGCUUCUGCCUAAAGAGCUUUUUUCCUGUGUYUACAAUUUUAAGCCAUGCAAUGCCGGCGAUUUCGACCCAGUAGACAUAACUCCCUACGGCAGGUGCUAUACCUUUCGGCCAAGGAACAGAUCUGUUAAAUUUACUGGAGGAUCAACUGGGGUCCGGCUCGUGCUGAAUGUGGGUUUAAAUUCAUACUUGGACGAUGGCUUCCCWCUUUARGUUGGCUUCAAGGUUGUUGUCCAUCCUCAUGAUACUCCUCCAAAUAUCAACGAAGGUUUUUACACCCUGUCUGGCGCUUAUACGUCUUGUGAAGCAAGGCGAAAACAGUUUAUCAGUCUUCCAACUCCAUAUUCGACUGCAUGUGGUACAAUGAAGAAUUGGAAAAACGAAAAAAAGGACUACAGGCGAAACUUGUGCUACUAUGAAUGCUACCAGAGGGAGGUUAGGAAGAAAUGUKACUGUWCAACGGAUUAUACCGGCACUGACGGUUACCCGCACUGUCUAACGGAAAGACAAACCAACUGUCAUAUCAAUGUAAUUGAAUCAAUUAUGGAGAACCGAAACUUCUCCAACUGUCAAAACUCUUGCCCUGAGUCAUGCAACUACACUGAAUACCAGACGAAACUUUCAACAUCGUCUAUUAAUCUAAAGAGCCUUGUACGAGACACGAACGAGUUGUGUGGAUCAGACCUCAAAAAUAACGAAAGCAUUUGUCAUGAGAUUCGAAAUAAAUCAGAAAAUGAAAAACAUGAGUAUUUCAGGGAGAAUAUCGUCAGUUUUGAAGUCUACUUGAGGGAUAUCCUAUACGAAGAAGUAAAACAAGUUCCAUCCUAUCAAGAGUUUGCAUUGAUAAGUAAUAUUGGAGGUAACCUUGGCUUGUUUCUUGGGAUGAGUCUUUUAACAUUAACAGAAAUUGUAGAAUUUGCUGUGAUCGCAUUGUGGAAUAGGAUGUGCCGCAUGGGUGGUAAGAAGAUUAACGUUACCCAAGAGUGAGUCUUUGCGAGGAUAUGGUGUAAAUAAGAGAACAAAGAAUAGAUUCCUCGGACAGUCGAGAAAAACUAACUUAAAGCAAUACUGAAAAUAUUGGAUUUGUUGACAACUACAAACUGAUUCCUUUGAACACUGAAAAGAAUAUGUUAAAAUGUAUAAUAAAAUGAACAUUAUUGUGUAAAUGAAUGUAAAUGAAAGAUCCUUGCUCGUGUUUUCAAUAAUAGAAUAGAUAUAUUAGACCAUAUUACAAAGGGAAAUGGAGGAUGUUGCAUGGGAGUGCGGAGCUUCGAGUGUUGGAAAGAUCUCACUCGUUUGUUAUUGCUGUUUUUAUCGUUUCGUUCAUCAGGCAAAGACGAUAUAUUCAGAAUAUAUUUCAGACAAGAAAAACUUUAUAUGACUAUGUUAAAACUUUGAUAAAUAAAGCAAUUUCUUGACCUUUCAGUUCUAGAGCCCGCUUGCUCUUAUGUUUUAAAGAUAGUUUAAAGUACUUUUAAAAAAGUACUUUUAAAAAAUGUUAAGCACAACUAAGAAAGUUGUAUUUAUAAGUCUGUGCCAAUAAAA